AUGGUCCGUCACUCAUUUUUCCAACUCGUCGUUCUUGUCACUCUUUUUCUGCAGAUUCGGUGCAGCCCAUUUGCUGUCCAGAAAAGAGGCACCUGUGCUACUGAAGACCCCGGUGAGGAUUUCUUGCACGAGCUAGGGCGUCUCAAGUCGGAUGAAGCCGAUCCCGCCAUCUCGCAGGCCAGGAAGCUUCCGAUCGAGAUUGAGACCUGGUUCCACAUCGUUAGCCGCAAGUCGGAGUCUACCCAAGUCACUGAUGAUAUGAUCAAUCUUCAACUUUCUAUUCUACAACAAUCUUAUGCAGAUUCUGGCAUUUCCUACCGACUGCAAGGUGUGACUCGUCAUGUCAAUGAUAAAUGGGCAAGUAACGCGGAUGAUAUAGCAAUGAAAACCACUCUGCGAAAAGGAAGCUAUCGAACGUUAAACGUUUACUUCCAAACCGAUCUCCAGGCCUCACCUGGACAGACAGGACGCGCCUUCGGGUACAGGGGUGCAGCCACCAAUAAUGACCUGACAUCGAGCGUUCUUGGAUUCUGCACCUUGCCUGAUCCGAGUGUCAAUGCUAGUAGCCCGGCUUCUCACUAUGUCAAGGAUGGCUGCAAUGUUUUGGCCAAAACAAUGCCCGGUGGCUCCUUGGAUCUUUAUAAUCGAGGUGGAACUGUUAUUCACGAGAUUGGACACUGGCAUGGCCUUUUGCACACAUUCCAGGGGGAAUCUUGUUCUGCAGAUGAUCCUGGCGACCACAUAAGUGACACACCACAACAGUCCACCCCGACAGAUGGGUGCCCUGCCCAGAAGAAUUCGUGUCCGGACUCCCCUGGGCUGGAUGCGAUCCAUGACUUCAUGGAUUAUUCAUCAGAUGUAUGUUAUGAGCGCUUUACACCCGGACAAGGAGCGCGCAUGCGAAGUAUGUGGAUAUCCAUGCGUGAGGGAAAAUAG